AUACUUCCAAGUUUGCUCCACUGUGACCGUGACGUUGGGCCAGAAUGGGGAACUCCUGUGUGAAUUGCUGUAAUGCUAUGUAUCAGAUCCCGACACGUGUUCUAUGCUUCGUUCUGGUUUUGGCACAGGGUGGUAUCCUUGACUAUUACUUAGUAAACCACAAGAACAUUUACUGGUAUGGCUGGGUGGCAGCUGAUGUUGCUAUAGGACUUGUUUUCAUGAUGACUUUUUUAAUAUCUUACCGACACCUCAGUAUCAUCCACCGUUCUCGUGGCUCUGGUUCAACAGUUCGGGCCGGUAGUCUUCCUCUCUGCUAUUUUGCAUGGUUUGUGUAUUCAGUAUUCCUCGGAGCAAGGGUUUUCAUCAUAUAUCAAGAUAUUGCCAGGACAUUGAACGAAGCAAGCGUAUUUGGACCAAAUACCCUCAAGAUGACAAUUUCUACCGCCAGCUUUGUGUUUGUUCUGUUACUACUUACUCACCAUGAUGCCAUAGCCAGUUGUAACAGAAGGUACCGAAUCGAGGAACUUUCGGGAACAGUUCUAUUUGAUGUGCUUGAUUCGAUUGAUGUUUUAAACAUAUUUUUUAAUCAAUCAGAUAUCGAUGAGAUAUCGAGUGAAUUGGAACUCUCAAUCCUUAUCGUCGCAUCUCUGAAUUUUCUUGUACCAGUUUUAUCGUUAAUGAUGUUAAAUCGCACGCACUUCGGACAUAAAGGUCGAAAGCAUUAUCUUGUGGUAUUACAUAAACUCAGCAUUGUGGCAUUUACCAACCUGCCGUUGUUUAUCAUCAGGAUGCUUUUGUGGCAUGUUCAUAGCCAAGACAUAUCUAUCUUUCCCAUGAAGAACAUUAUCAUGAUCUUUCUGGCAUUUCAUGAUCUUUACGAUGAGCGUCGAGAGGAUGCCAGACCGAAACGUAGAAAUUACUCUGAGGAAAAAGAUCAUAGUCGGGUAGAGGAAGUUGAAGAAAAUAAAACAAUGUUCACUGGCGAGAGCAAGAAAUAGAAUCACAAAACCAAUACAGGUAUAUAUUGUUAUCAAUUUGUUCUCAAGCAGUUUUUAAAAACCCAUUUAUUGAA